CUCUCCUCCAUCUCCCUCUCGAUCGCCCGUCUCCCCCUCACCCCCACUCCCUCCCUCCUCCUCUCUCACAGCCAGCAGCAUCUGCCGCUGCUGCCGCUGCCUGUCCGCCCUGAGAGUCGCAGCCUUCAUCCCACUCUCCUCCUCCAUUCUGUACAUCCCCCACUCUUUUCGUCGUGAAUCGCCCUCCAUUCACACCUUAGCACCACACUCGCACUCCCACUCACACUUACGUGAAUCAGCCAGCUUCUCUCGAGCUCUUUCUCUCUUUCACACCCUAGGCUUUCGGUCACCACACUUGCGUGGCGUGGCGUGGCGUGGCGUUGCUUCCCUGGCCCGGGGCUGGCUAUAACACGAGUGAACGAGCGCGCGAGCAGAGCGGAGCAAGCGCAGAGCAAUCGAGUUUCGUGUCGAGAGAGCGCCGAGAGGUGUAGAGUCUUGUGUGACGGAGUUUUGAUCUGAUCUGGCUUCAAAAGAAAACAGAGAGCGAGCGAUUUGAGCGAGCGACAGAGCGGAUCUUUUAGCGAGGCGAUAAGGAAGAAGGAACGGGAGGACGGAGGUCGGGGUGGAGGAAGAAGGGAGCAGAAACGCUGGCGCCCGUCUCACGGGCCUAUUGACCGCUUCUUCCACGGUUUUUGCUGUGUACACACGAGAAGAGCGACGCCAGGAGAUGUGCGGAUCUGAAGGGGGGUGUUUGACGAGACGGUUGGAGUUGUGAGGCGCACUCGGGCGCAGGAGACGGAGAUUCAAGAGGAUUCAGUCCGUCUUUUUUGACUAUUCGGUUGUAGUUGUGUAGUUGCAAGUAGCGUAUUCGUGAGUUGAUUCGGCCGGACGACACAGUCGUCGUCUGCUUCAACAGCACAUGCCAAUCGUAUCCACGGAUCAGGACGUAGAGAAAACGAUUUGAAGCUUAGAGGUGUUCGAUUUACCGUGUGGCCCCGCUCGAGGAGGUGGUGAUUCGUGCCGGGGGAAAGGGAAGAGGAGAAGCUGAAGCCUGGAGCGCGCGCCCGUGCCAUUCGUCGCUCAUCGCAUUCCUCCCUCGCCGCGCAGGAUGGCUUUGAGGGACGAAGAGCAGACGAGUAAGGCGCACCAGGCGGAGCAGGGUGCUCACUUCAGGGGCGUCAGGAAGAGGCCAUGGGGCAGGUUUGCUGCCGAGAUUAGAGAUCCGUGGAAGAAGACGCGAGUGUGGCUGGGAACCUUCGACACCGCCGAGGAGGCCGCCCGGGCGUACGACUCGGCCGCGCGGGCCCUGAGAGGCGCCAAGGCCAAGACCAACUUCCCCACGCCCUGCGACGAUCAAAGCACCAGCCAAAGCUCGACCGUCGAGUCGUGGAGCAGUCCGAAGAAUCUCCAGCGGCCCGGCCCCGCCGAUUCAUGGCGCAGUCGCCUGGAUCUCAACAUCUCGGUGAACGAAUUCGCGUCCGUGGAGGAGCCGACGACGCGCGGCGCCAUGAAGAGUGUCAGCGUGGCGCGAUCGAGCCGGAGCCCGGCCGAGGGCAUCACCUGCGCCCUGUCCAAUAAGCGCCCCGCCGCGACUCUGUUCGAGGAGGUGAAUGCGCAUUCCGACAAGCGGCAGAAAACUGGCAAGAAAUCCAGCGCCGGGGGUGACAGGAGGGACGGCGGAGCGAGGGAGUGGCUGGGCAAGGGCGCCGCGCACCAAGGCAUCGAGCCCCGCGCCUGCCACAGCGAUUGCGAUUCGUCGUCGUCGGUCAUCUUGGACACGGAGACGGUGAACGUGCCCGAGGCCAAGCCCGCCCGCUCGGGUCCGCUCUUGGAUCUCAACAUGCUCCCGCCCCUAGAUUCCUCGCCCAACGAGUGCGAGCAACCGUGCGGAGUCUUCAGCAACAAGGAGUUGUCGCUCUGCCAGCAGCAAUCUUCCGAUAACAACACCGUAGAUGUAAAACAGACACCCCUUUUGUUCUGGGGUGCUCCCUGCGGCCCGACCUUGCCAUUGUGCAGUCGGGCCUGAAAAAGAUGAUUGUAGAUUAGGCUGAUGAAGGGAAUCGUGCAGCUCGCAAAGAGAUUUACAGAACUAGCCUCAGAUCUUUGGCAAAUAAGCCUCUUAUUUUUUUUCGUGUCUAAGUUUGGUACAUUCACCAACAACACUGAUUUGUUUAUAUUAAAACCAUGGGCUAUCUGUGAUUUCUUUGAUUUCAUCUGGUAAUCAAAGCAUUCUGGAUUUCUCCCGUUCCCUGAAAGC